UUUGAUGUAAAUUGGAGUUUUCUUCCUUUGUGACUUAGGCCCCAGAAGUUCAAGGCAUAAGUGGCAUGACGAGAUCUUUUAAAAGACUAGCCUCCCUUAGAACUCUUGUUCGAGCAAGGAAAAAAAGAUAAACAGAGAACUCAGUCAAAACUUACCCACCGUAGUUGUAGAACUGUUGUGUGUGCUGCACGAACGGAUCAUGAGUUUACCGAAUUCUACUUCCUAGUGAAAAGUGUAUUGAGACCAGUUGUUUCAUAUGGAAUUAAUAUGUGCGAUUUAAAAAAGUGCUCUGCAGCCCACCGCAUCCUAACGGGGGCCGAGGGCCCUUGUGGGUGGAAAUGUUGUCUUCCCUUCCGGAUCACUGAAUGGGGGAAGUUCUAGCACGCUUGGCGGGGAUAAAUCUCAGCUCCCCGGAUGGUUGGUUCUUUGUGCCGGGGACGGGAGACGGACUCCCGCGGUCCUCAGAGAGGGUUCCGGGCCGCCCAGCCUCCGCUCCGCCCCGCCCCUGCCCGGCACUGCGGCCCCACCGCGCCGUGCCUCCUCACCGGAGCAGCUCUCGGGCUACGGGAAAGGAGACUCGGACUCUCCUUUUGCUCUCUCUGGACCACGAGAAGUCUCUGAAGGGCCGAGAGGGGAAGAGAGCCGCGAGGAGGGGAAGGCACCGCCGGUUCGCACGGGUGGCCCCAGGACUUCAGGUUGGAAUGCGCUCUGGGGCUGGGGCGCACGGCUGGAGCAGACACCCGGGCCUCGGCCCGCUGCUCUGGCCCGGACCGCGCGCGGCCCAGCCUCCGGAGGCCCUAACCGCCACGGGGCAGGGUUGCCCGCCGCCCGCCAGCGCGGUGGGGAAGGGGAGGGCGCGUUCCCUCUCCGGAGCGCCUUUGUUCGCUCUGGCUGGUGGGCGCGGGAGCCCGGCAGCCGACACUCCCGGCCAAGGGCCGCCCGGGUGCGGCAGGUCCAGAUUCCAGACUGCACCGGAACAUGUGCUUACUCCAUUAGGCCGUCUACACUGGACAUAUCUCUGAAGCUUUCUCUGCAUCCUGCCUGUGGCCUACACUACACAGUAUGUUGUAAACUAAUAUUCACUGAGUUAAUUAAAUGUAGGCAUUACCUACUUUCAGGGCUGCUCAGCAUAAUGGCUGGAAUAGGUCCCGCUUCACUUCCACAAAAAGAAGUACAUGGAAUGGCCAUGUGAGGCCAAUCACCUAACUUAAUGAAGGAUGUCAGUGUGGAAAAAUGUUGACACACCAGUGUCCUCAUCCUGCAGUGUGUUCCAUUCUUUCGCAAUCUCAGAAAAAAUGGCAUUGAAAGAAAGUAUUUUGUGAAACAAGAAGCUCCUACUUUUUUAAUGACUAACAUGUAUUAAGAUGGACAUCUGUUCUACAAGAUACAAAGUUCUCUGGUUUCGAAGAAGCAAGCGCCCAUUGAAAACCAAUCCUAAAUAAAAACAGACCUGAGUGGACGUCAGAAUGUUUGUUAGUGGCAGAAGAGUAAAAAAAUGGCAGUUUGUUCAGUUAUUUGCCACUUGUUUUAUACUAAGCCUCAUGUUUUUUUGGGGACCAAUUGAUAAUCACAUUGUGAGCCAUAUGAAGUCCUACUCUUACAGAUACCUCAUAAAUAGCUAUGACUUUGUGAAUGACAGCCUGUCUCUUAAACACAGCACAGACGGGGCUGCUCACUACCAGUACUUGAUUAACCACAAGGAGAAGUGUCGAGCACAAGACAUCCUCCUUUUACUGUUUGUAAAGACUGCUCCUGAAAACUAUGAUCGACGUUCCGCAAUUAGAAAAACAUGGGGCAAUGAGAAGUAUGUUCAGUCUCAACUUAAUGCCAACAUCAAAACUUUGUUUGCUUUAGGAACACCUUCUAACCCACUGACAAGAGAAGAACUGCAAAGAAAACUGGUUUGGGAAGAUCAAAUGUACAGUGAUAUAAUUCAGCAAGACUUUGCUGAUUCUUUCUAUAACCUUACUCUUAAGUUACUUCUGCAGUUCAGUUGGGCAAAUAGCUUCUGUCCACAUGCCAAAUUCCUUAUGACUGCUGAUGAUGACAUAUUUAUUCAUAUGCCAAAUCUUAUUGAAUACCUUCAAAGUUUAGAAAAAAUUGGUGUUCAGGACUUUUGGAUUGGUCGGGUUCACCGCGGUGCUCCUCCCAUUAGAGACAAACGCAGCAAGUACUAUGUCCCCUAUGAAAUGUACCAGUGGCCGGCUUACCCUGACUAUACUGCUGGAGCCGCCUAUGUGAUCUCCAGUGAUGUAGCCGCCAAAGUCCAUGAGGCAUCACAGACACUUAAGUCCAGUCUUUACAUAGACGAUGUGUUCAUGGGCAUCUGUGCCAAUAAAAUGGGGAUUGUACCACAACACCAUGUGUUUUUCUCUGGGGAAGGUAAAACUCCUUAUCAUCCCUGCAUCUACGAUAAAAUGAUGACAUCUCAUGGACACGUACAAGACCUUCAGGACCUUUGGAAGCAUGCUACAGAUCCUAAAGUAAAAAUGAUUUCAAAAGGUUUUUUUGGUCAAAUAUAUUGCAGGAUAAUUAAGAUAGUUCUCCUUUGCAAAUUGACCUAUGUGGACACGUAUCCUUGCAGGGCUGCCUUCGUCUAACAGUACUUGAAUGUUGUGUGUUUUCACUGUCACUGAGCCAAACCUGGAUGAAAAACCUUUAGAUAUUUGUCAAUACCUUAGGUGAAAUGAAUAUGAAAAAAAACAACAAAGAAAUAUUUUGAAAACAGUCUAUCAGAAUGUUUCUUUGAUUCUAGAAGCUAUUCAGUAGAACUUAUCUACUUCAUUGCCUAAAUUCAUUUCAAGGAAUUUAUAUAUAGAAAAGGUUUAUGAAGACAAAACUAAAGGGAAAGUCAAGUUCUCACUUAAUGCUGCGUGUAUAUUUGAGGUGUAGAAAAGUUAUUAAGGUGCCUUGGUUUUAGAAUAACUGCUUUCGGAAAAUACCAAGUGAAUGUAUAGCACAUUUCGGAGAAAUGAAUAUAUUGUUGGACCAGGUUUACAAGUUAGUUUUUAUUACAGAGCACUUGACUAGGGGGAGACAGAGGCAGGAGAAGAUCGCCAUAGGAGAAAGUACUUGAACCUGGUAAAAGAAAGUUCCUGUUCUUCGAGGAGAUUUAGAAAAAUGUACACGAUUUCUUUAUAAAACAGCCAAGUCACUUAUUGUCACAUCGGUGUAGCUAAUUUACCUAGAUAGUGGUAGAGUCAUUUAAAACAUACUUAUAUCUUUCUUUCAAAGUUUAAUGUGAAAUUUGAGAAGUUAUUUGCUCUGCCCUGACUGGUACUUCAUGUGGAUUUUUUGAUUAUUAGAAAUGACACAAAUCAUGGGCAGCUUCUUACCCACAGGGUCCUUCUCUAGGGAGAAAUCAUUGCUAAUUCAAAAAAGCCAAUUUUAAUUUAACGAAUUUUUCAGCUGGUUUUAAAAUAUUCAAUAUCAGUCUGUUUUUAAGGUAGCUAUUUGAAAGUAGUUUGCACAGAGGAAUACAAUAAUGGAGAAGACUUCAAAAAGAAAGCACAUUAAAAGCCUGUUUUCCCCUUUUCUAUAAUUUAUAAAAUAAAAUUCUUAGUGUGGAAAUUAUUGUAAGGAUGACUAAGAUUAGCCUAACCUUCCCCAAGAAGGUCUCAUGAACCACAGGACUUUGUUCCAAGUUCAGAUUUUAAAAUUGAGAGUAUUCAACAUCAGAUCAAAGCUAUCCUAUCUUAAAAAAAUCAAUUAUUUCAUCAAAAUAACUAGCAGAGGUAUCGUCAACUUGGAAAUUUUUCAAAUGUGAAAGCAGAAUGAAAGUGAUAGAGAGGUCACCAGAAUGAGGUUUAAGAUAUUUGGGAAGCUGCAAGGUCUUCAUAUUCAAAGACAGGUGGCUGAGAUCUAAAAGAGUAAGUUGCAUUUAUUUUACAGAGCAGGAUAAAAAUGUGGCCAGGAUGUGACUGCCUCCCCCCCUACAGAAAGAACUAGAUGGUGUCUAUUGUCACAAGGAUCGUACAAAGGCCCAAAUGGUGACUCCAGCAAAAGCAGUUGAACUGAUUAUGAAACGCCUCUCUGCAGAGGUGCUUGUUAAGGAAAACUAAGAUGUCUCAUUUCAUUCGGUGGUGUUUGAAACAUGCAAAAGAAGACAAAGCUAAAAGAAUUUUUGGUAAACACAACUGGAUGAUGACAUAUACUGUAAUGUUUUGCAGACAGCUUUUUAAUGUUUACAGAAAUCCUUUUGUUAUUUUUUUUCCUAUUUUGAAAAUUGAGGCUUGUUUACAUUGAUUGCUCAGAUAAUUUAAAAUUUUUACUCCUGUCAAAACUACAGUGUUGACCAUUCUAGGUUUGUAGGUAAUUUUCAGAGCAGGGUCAGUGUUUUUAGAUCAUUACGGUUUAAAUUUUCUGACCAAUUUUAAAACCUGUAGAUAACAAAAGCACAUUUUGACAAAGGUGUUUUAUAAUUAAUUUUUAUUAGUUGAUUCUUUAAUAACCAUUUGACUCUGGGCCAUACAUACCCUGUGUAUCUAUACUUGUCAGCGUUUAAAUUUUCCAUUGGUUGAAAACUAAGUGUCUCUCUGGCCAUUGAAAUGAUCUUGUUUACAGGAAUACUUUUGUGAAACAAUUAUUUAUUUGCAAAAGAGCUCUCCUCAACUGUGUUCAUCUUUUGCUUAGAAUAGAAUGGAACAGAUUUAAAUUUAAAGGAAAUAUGAAGGCACUUCCUUUUUUAAUCAGAAGGAAAUUGCUAGAUGCUUCCUUCAUUAGACUUAAAGUACUGAAAAGAAUAUUUGUAAAUAAAAGGAUUCCAGCCUUUUAAAAAAGAAGGAAAAAACUUUCUGGUGCUCUAAUGCAAGGCUGUCUCAAAAAUCAUCAACAAAGGGAAAAUAAACUAUCAGCCUGGAUGGUCACUUGAGUAGAUGAUGGUUGUACACAGUGUUAUUGCUAAAAACUUUUUACCUCUUGGUUGGUUUGCAUCUUUUUUCCAUAUUAUUAAUUUUAUACCAGUAUGUUAAAUAUUUAUAUUAUUUGAAUUUUGCUCUUGUAUGGCAAAAAUAAUUAGUGAGUUUUUAAACAUAAAUCUGUGAUUUCCAAUAAACUUUUUCCAAAAGUUUGUGUAUUUUCACAAACUUUUAAAACUCCCGUGUGAACACCAUUUUUCUGUAUAAUCAACUUGUUCUGUUUAAUGUCAGACAGGCCUGUAGUACACAACAUUAAUGCUGUUGCUGUUCAAACCUGCUGCUGUGCUCAGGACAGAGGAUUAUCAUGUCCGCUGCUAUGGACACCUAAAUGCUUCUUUUGUCUGUUAAAUGAAUUAUGCUGGAAUGUCUAAGUUGGGGGAAUUCUUCUCUUCUAAUGGAUUGUUCAGGAAAGGAUGAAAUAAGAAACUAUAGCCAUGGUGCCAUAAGACGUCAUUUGAAAGGGUCAUAUUUUCCUUUUAUGUGAUAUCAUGAGGUGUCAGAAAGUAGACUCAAAUUUAGCUCGAGUCUUUUAAUGCCAGGAAUGUUCUUAGGCCUGCUUCUGUCUGAAUGCUGCUUCAGUGUAUUUGUACAUAGUGUGUUCUCAUCUCCUUUUCACCUGAUUCCUGCUCAAUUCUUAGCCUAAGAUAUGGUGUGAUUCAAUCUACAUAUGUUUUUAAAACUUGGAAGCAUCUGAAUUUUUUGGUUGUAGAUAUUUUUUGCUCCAGACCUCAAAGGCUCCUUACUGUCUCAAGCAUCAAAUCUAAUCUCUUCUACCUGGUUUUCCAGGCCUUAUGCAAUUUUCCUUUCCUUCUUUAUUCUCUGAAGCUUUAUUUUCCCCACUGCCACUAUCGUCAAUCAUACAUCUCACUCAUGACCAUACGUUGUGUAAGUUGGUUUCCCUUGCCAGGAACACCAUUUCUCCUGUUCCUGUUGAAAUCUUGAAAAUCCAACUCUAACUGUGCUCUUCAAUUAAGCAUCUCUCCCUGCCCUCCUCCCAAAAUAUAUACUUUAUCACAUAUAUAAUUGUGCUACCUACUAAUUGUUUCAUGUGCUUUUUCCUGGCUAAAAUAGAAGUUCUGAAGGUAGUGCUAUCACAUUGUACUUAAAAUUCUUAUAUAUUUUUCAACUAUAAUAAAGAAAUAUUUUUCUGGAAAGUCAUUCCAAAUAUGAAAA